AUGGAUAAAAGGAAGAAAAUUUCAGAAAAGUCAGAAACUCCAACACAAAUAGUUGAACCUCCUCCUAAUGCUCAAGCAGUGCCCAAGGGUGCAACUAAUGAGAUUCAUUAUUACAACGAUAGAGCUACUGGUCAAGAAAAGGCUGAAGCAUGGGAAAGGAUCAAUCGCGCUUUUAAAAAUAUGCGACAAAAGGUCCAUUUAGAAAAGAACUGA